GGUUGGUGUCUUCCUGCUGCUUCUUGGAUCCUAAAUCCAGAUUAAGCUCAGAGCUAGUGUGUUUCUAUCUUUGGAAAGUUGCUUUGCAGCAAGGUGGAGAGAGGAAUUCGUUCCAGCCACGGGCAAAGAUGAAGGUACUUUGUGAUGCAGCUGAAUGGAUUGGAAGUGCACUGGGGUCUCCUCUCCGCUUCCCAGGCCCGAAGCCUCAAGCGGCGGUGACCCAGGCCCGCCCCGCUCUCAGCCCUCUGGCCCCGUGCCCUCCAGCGGCGUGUGGCGGUGGCCCCUCUGGCUCGGCCGUUGGCACUGGGCUCCCAGGGGACAUCGGCGCAGGACUUUAGCCCCAGCCAUCCGGCUCAGCUGGCGUCUCCGCACCUCCCCACCCCGCACACGCGCUCCCCCACGGCACCUCUGGAUUCCCCCCGCCGCCCGGGACCACUCGCCUUCUCACCUGGAUGACUUCUUGCCAACAGCUGGGGACUCAGAGACCACCUCCUUUUCCACUUGAAUUCCGGCUCCACCUUUCCAGUGGCUUCGGAUAGCCAGCGUCUCUGCCGGGGACCCACUGGGGGUGGGAGGGAUGUGCUCAAAAUAACCUUAAGGGGAAGGAAGGAGAAAGAAGAGCCAGAAGUGGGUGACAGCAGCCUACCCGUCCGCCUGUCCAUCUCUCUCUCUCUCUCUCUCUGUCUUCCCCGUCCCCUUCCCCACCUUCCGCAGAUCCGCCAUCGGAAAUCUGGAGGCCUCCAAGCUCAGAUUGCUGCUGAGGGUGGGGUCGCCACAGGCAGAACCUUCGCCCCAUUUCGGGGGUGUUUUCCCCGCAGGCCGAGUGACUGACCCGGGACCGGCCGAGGGCGUUUGAAAAGGAAGUGAUUCUGUUUUAUUUUCUUCCCCUUCUUGUAGUACGAAGGAACUCGGUCCGCCGUGUAAGCAGGUAUUUUCUUGGAAGUUUUCCGAGUCAGAUCGCGAGGCCAUUCUCUUCUCUUUUUCUUUGCGUUGAGGGGAACGAAAGGUUGGGCAAAAUUGGCAUCAAACACCCCGGGGCCUGGCCAGCUCUGACUGGGACCUCGGACCCGCAGAGAAUCCACAUGUGCCGAGGACCCAGUACAACCAGCUGAAACCGCCCUACAGGUGCCCACACGGCUGAGCCCGUGGGGGUAGAUAAAGCCCCCCGGGGACAUGCCCUUUUGUGCCAAAAGUGGGACCCGGUUACUCCUGCCUUAAAUUUUUGCUCUCGGGACCACCGCCGGGGGAAUCACCAGGAAAAGGGGACUUGCCCGGAGCCUGGGCGGCUCCCUCCUGGGGCCUGGCAGACGGAGAGGCGCCCCGCCACAGCGCCAAGGGAGAGGAAGGGGCGGAGAAGAGGGGUGUGCUCUCCGGGUCAGCGGAGGCCGAGGGCAUUUGAAUCCCAGUUUGUGGUGGGGACCUCGAGAACUGAGGGGGUGAGCCCAUCUCCUGAGUUUCCUGGGGUCUCCACCCACCCCUCUCCCCCCCCCAGCCACCGUGAUUUAUUUAACCGUGGCCCCUUCGGAGGAGAUAGCAGGAGGCCGUCAACCUUUGAGUCGGUGGCUCAGCGGCCUUCCAGCUCUCCCUCCCCCUCCUCGUCUCCGUUUUGGUGUUCUGGCUCUUGGCUGGCGGGAGGGGUGGGGAAGUGGCUGGCAGGGUCGGGGAGGGGAGGCAGGACCGAACUCUACAGGGAGAGACUGGGGCAUUUCCUGCUAUCGCCACCUUGGUGCCUUGCUGGGCGUCUGGAGCUUGUGGAGUCCCGCCGCCUCGUCGUGUCGGGGAGGGAAGCGGGGCAGGGGCGGGGGAGUCGAGGCCAGGUCCUAAGCUAGCGCGCCUUCCCCGGGAUGCAGAGCAAAAGCUGAGGACUCCCAGCAGGCAAGGGGGUGGCGACGGGGUUGGGGGGACUCUUCCUUCCAAGGCCUGGAGACCCUCCAGCCUAUCCGCCAAGCGUUGCGGGGACUCUGAAGGCCGGGGUUCCGCUGAGUUGGUUUUCUGAGGCGUUGAGGGACAGAAGGCCAAGGAGCCUAUUCCCUUGGGGAGUCCUUCUUCCUUUGGAAAAAAACAGGAGUUCUCAUUUUCAAAUGGAAGUUCAUUUUCCUCAUUUGCUCCUCUGAGCUUUGACCCCGGCUUUUACUUGCUUCAGCCCCUCCCGGAAGUCUGAGAGUAGGCUAGGGUUGGGGGAGGAAGAGGAGGGGAAAUCCAAAGAAAACAGCCGACCCCCAGUCUCCCGGGACACUCCGGGAGGGAGGCGGGGAACGGGGAGGGGGAAAGCCCUGGCAGGACCGGGUCCUCCCUCAGGCCCCGCCUGACGACAGCUCCCGGCUGCCUGGCGGGCAGACCAACCGACAGACCAUCUCAGGCCACAGAUCGCCUCUCGGCUGGCGGGAAAGAGGCACCGCUGGCUGGUGCUGGAACUGGAUUGGCUGCUAACCUGUUCAUUUCCUAAGCUAUUUCUCUCCCACUUGCUUUCUGCCUCCUCUCCCCCUCCCCGCUUUCCUCCAUCCCCACCCGCCCCCUGGUCCCCCGAGCCCCGUGGGUCCCCCGGGGCCUGGCCUCUGCCCGAAUCCUGGGCGCCGCAGGGACCGGUGAGUGAUGGAGGCCUUGGGCAAGUCGUCCUUGUGGCUGCAAGGGGAGCUGGCCUCGCCUGAGCCCCGCCUGCACCUCCUGGACUGCCGCAGCCGCGAGCUCUACGACUCGUCUCACGUGGAGGGGGCGCUUAGCGUGACCCUGCCGGCCCUGCUGCUCCGGCGGCUGCGCAAGGGCAACCUCUCGGCCCGCUCCCUCCUCCCGGGCUCGCCCCGGCGCCAGCGGCAGCCGCCGUCCCCGCCACCUCAGGCCGGGGCCUGCGGGAGCCCCAUCCUGCUGUACGACGAGGGCACCGCCCCCCUGCCUCGUCCCGGCGAGGAGGCCACGGACUCGGUGCUAGGCACCCUGCUGCAGAAGCUGCGGGAGGAAGGCUACCUGGCUUACUACCUACAGGGUGGCUUCAGCAAAUUCCAGGCUGAAUGCCCUCAUCUCUGCGAAACCAAUCUGGAUGCGCCCUGUGCCAGCCACUCCCCUCUGCUGCCCCCUGCCCCCGUGGUGGGGCUGGGCGGCCUGUGCAUCGGCUCCGACUGUUCGGAUGUGGAAUCUGACCCCGACCGGGACCCCCUGAGCUGCGGGGCAGAGUCGGAAGGGGCCAGCCCCCCGCAUGGCCAGCCCCCGUCCUUCCCGGUGCAGAUCCUCCCGCACUUGUACCUGGGGAGCGCCCGGGAUUCGGCAAACAUGGACACUCUCGCCAAGCUGGGCAUCCGCUACAUCCUCAACGUCACCCCCAACCUGCCCAACCUCUUUGAGAAGGACGGGGACUUUCACUACAAGCAGAUCCCCAUUUCUGACCACUGGAGCCAGAACCUCUCCCAGUUCUUCCCAGAAGCCAUCGAGUUCAUCGAUGAGGCCGUGUCCCAGAACUGCGGGGUCCUGGUGCACUGCCUGGCCGGCAUCAGCCGCUCCGUCACCGUCACCGUCGCCUACCUCAUGCAGAAGCUCCACCUCUCCCUCAACGACGCCUACGACCUGGUGAAGAGGAAGAAGUCCAACAUCUCCCCCAACUUCAACUUCAUGGGCCAGCUGCUGGAUUUUGAGCAGAGCCUCAAGCUUGGGGGCAGCCGGGAAGAAAGCGGGGGGCCCGCCCCUUACGACAACCGCCGGCAGGCCGACCCGCCCUGCUUCUUCACAACCCCGACUAACGACAACGUCUUCGAGCUGGACCCCACGUAGCGGGAGCCGGGGACGGGGCGGACCCCCCCCGGGGCCUCCCCGGGGGGCUGUAGGCCACAGGUAGUGGUUCCCUUCUCCACCCUGGGGGGUUCCUGCUCAUCACGCUUCCCUACGGAGCACUCCUUCUGUGUCGGACGCGGGGUCACUUGGUGGAAAAAGCCACCCCGAGCCCAUGGGGAGGUGAGCUCCGAACCUUGGGUGUGAGGGGUGACGGCUGAGGUCCCGGGCAUUUGGGGGUCCCCUGCCACUCCCACGAUUAUUUCAAGUGAAUCAGCGGGAAUAAGACAAGCCUGCGGGUCGGGAAUCAGCGGUACCGCCCCUGGGCCUGGAGGGAGGGGGCACCGAGGCCCAGAAGGUACCAGGAUGACCCAGGCCCAGUCGAGAACCUGCCUCUCUGAAAUGUGCGAAUAGUCAGCAGGACCAUAGCAAGGACCGGGCUUCGCAACCUGCCACCCUCUGAGAAUUGUUGUUGUUGUUGUUAUUGUUGUCGUUGUUAUUUUUAAACCUUUUAGAGGGGCCGUAGAGGUGAACGUUUUAAAACCACAACGGACUUACGGAACCCAGAGCCUCGGGCUCCACGAGCAGUUGAAGAUCUCCGUGAUGACUCAGGUUGUGACCUGCCUCUCCGGGGGAGCCGCUUCAUGCUCCCCGCCUUCUCUGGAAACAUUUGCACUACAGCCACCUCAGACAACAGCACGGCCCAAUUAAUAGGGUCCAGUCCAGGACUUAAACCAGACCCGUUCGCAGUGGGCCGGCUGCUCUAGGCCAGCUCCGCGACCCGCAUCUCUAAGAGGGGUGGGGCCCUUUGGUUCUAGAGCCAGCCAUCUUUCCAAAAUUCACCUCGUAGAAAUUCUGAAGCAGGUCUGGAACCUGCCCCUUGGAACUGAGCUGUAUAUCCUGCAUCACCAUACCUCAUCUGUUGACUCGGACGCAACCGGAACAAGUCGGCCGCACCACCUGUUGGAGCGGACUGAGGGCCGGUCACUUCUGGCCCCAGGAGAACUUGUGGGAAGAUUUCCGGAACCAGAGUGGAGAGGGCAGCAAUCAAUCAAUCAGUGAAAUAACAGCUCUGGACUUGACUUUGGGGUGGAAGGAAGAAGGGGAAAGAGGGAAG